UUGAAAAGAGCAGACAAAGGCUUUGAGCCCAGGACGCCCCUCUCUGCCUCUCACUCUUCCUACAAAGCCAGUCGAACUCAAGUCUUUAAUGCUUUUCUGUCAUGGAGCUGGUUUUAUAAUAGGCAGCGUUACGAGUGUUGGUUUUGUUUUUACUCUCUCAUUCUGAAAUGUACGACCGUCUGGAUCCCCGCUCGGCCGCGAGAGGAAGGCUUUUUGUGGGUAUAAUACAAGGAAGCGUCGUGUGAGAGAGGGAGAGAGGGGGAAGGAUUGACGCUUUUUCCUCCUCUCCUCCUCCUCCUUCCUUUCGCCCCCUCUCCUCCUCUUUUUGGCGGAUAGAGGGGUUGAGGCAGGAAUAACGCUUUUUUCUGUUUUCUUUUUUUUUAAAUACAUUUGAAUCCUGCUGCGCAACCAGACCGGAUCACGUGGCACUGGAGAGAGUUGGAUCGAUUUUGCACAGUUCAGUGUGAGAGAAAAGAGAGAAACGCACAAGUACUAUUUCUUUCUUUCUUUCUUUUUUUUUUUUUUUUUUUUUACUUCUGUGGAUAAGUGGGGCUGUUGGUACUUUUGCGUAAUUGCAACAGCAGAGGGUGUUGGAGUGGGUUCCCUUUUUUCCCCUUUCUCCUAUUUUUUAAGCACUGGUGAUGUGGAGUAUUGAUUCUUAUAUGCCUGGGUUUUGAAAAACAAUGGAGACGCACAUUUCGUGCCUCUUCCCGGAAAUUUUGGCCAUGAUUUUCAGUUAUCUGGACGUGAGGGACAAAGGCAGGGUAGCCCAAGUGUGUAUAGCUUGGAGGGAUGCAUCCUACCACAAGUCUGUGUGGAGGGGGGUGGAAGCCAAGCUGCACCUCCGCCGGGCAAAUCCUUCCUUGUUUCCCAGCCUCCAGGCCAGGGGCAUCCGGAGGGUCCAGAUCCUGUCACUGCGCCGCAGCCUCAGCUAUGUCAUCCAGGGAAUGCCUAACAUUGAGUCUCUUAAUCUGUCUGGUUGCUACAACCUCACAGAUAACGGGCUGGGGCAUGCAUUUGUGCAGGAGAUCCCAUCACUUAGGGUUUUGAACCUGAGUUUGUGCAAGCAGAUCACAGACUCCAGCCUUGGCAGGAUCGCCCAGUAUCUGAAGAACCUGGAGGUGCUGGAGCUUGGUGGCUGCAGCAACAUCACCAACACUGGACUUCUGUUAAUAGCCUGGGGCCUCCACAGACUCAAGAGCCUCAAUCUGAGGUCCUGCAGGCAUGUCUCAGAUGUGGGGAUUGGGCAUUUGGCGGGGAUGACCCGUAGUGCAGCAGAAGGCUGCCUGAACCUGGAGUACCUGACUCUGCAAGACUGUCAGAAACUGACAGACCUGUCACUCAAACACAUUUCCAAGGGGCUGACCAAGCUGCGGGUGCUGAACCUGAGCUUCUGUGGGGGGAUCUCAGAUGCCGGCAUGAUCCACCUCUCCCACAUGGCCUCCCUAUGGAGCCUCAACCUACGCUCCUGUGACAACAUCAGCGACACAGGCACCAUGCACCUUGCCAUGGGCACCCUCCGGCUCUCUGGGCUUGACGUUUCCUUCUGUGACAAGAUCGGGGACCAGACCCUGGCGUACAUUGCUCAGGGGCUAUACCAGUUGAAAUCCCUGUCUCUGUGCUCGUGUCACAUCUCAGACGAUGGGAUAAACCGGAUGGUUAGGCAGAUGCACGAGCUCAGGACCCUGAACAUUGGACAGUGUGUGCGCAUCACGGACAAAGGGCUGGAGCUCAUAGCGGACCACCUGACCCAGCUGGUGGGCAUUGACCUGUAUGGAUGUACCAAGAUCACCAAGAGGGGACUGGAGAGGAUCACACAGCUCCCAUGCCUUAAAGUGUUGAACCUGGGACUCUGGCAGAUGACAGAGAGUGAGAAAGUGAGGUGAUUGGAGAUGUUUGUUUUGCGAAUGACUGCUUUUGUGUGUGUGUAUGUGUUCAUUUUCUUUUUGGAUGGAGAGGGAACACAAGGAGCAGGAGGAGUGGGGGUGAAUGGGCGGAGAGUUUUCUUUUCUUAUUUAAAAAGAGAAAAAUCCUCCUUGCACCCUCCUGUGUAAGGUGAGCCUCUUCUGUGUGACCAGAAUUUUCUGUUUGUGUUUGUGUUUGAUUUAGUUUUUUCCUCUCUGUGUUGGCCUUGCAGGAUUUAAAUUGGAUGUUUUGCUAUGAUUUAAUAUUCUACCUGGUAGAAAGCAAUUAAAACUUUUGUUACAAGCUCAUAAGGAUUCCUGGUAACAAAUGUUUAGAUCAUUUACUGUUUUCGUGUGUCAUGAAAUUGGGCUUUGGACUGGAAUAGCUUUAGAGCAAAUCAGCAUGUGUCAUUUCCUUAACAAAAUACUUCAGUUCUGACACUUCCAGAAAAUUCUGCAUCCACCCAACUCCUUUUUUUAUUUUAUUCAAAGCAAAGAGAGGUUGUAAAACUUAAGUAUGAGACUUUUAUUUUUGCAAUGAGUCUAGAUCUGACGACUAAUCUGCGCUACAGCCAUCACGCCUAAAAAAAUAACAACAAAAAAAAAACCAUUUGGCUACCUCGUAUGUGGUUAUUUUCAAAGGGUGUUUACUGUUAAAGAGAAGGAAAGCCGGGAAAGAGAGACUGGGAGAAAAUGUGCCUAAAGGGACUGUGUCUGCCCCCUCCCCCAUGCCUCCAUCACCUCCCUCCCUCCCCUCUUCCAUGAGCAGAGCCGGAGAAAGGAGACCAGUGCACAGUCUAACUACCUUUGUUAAUUUACCCCCAUAAACAGCAACAAUUUUACAGGGAGAGCUGUAAAAGAGGACAUAGUUUUAUGCAAAAUUCACAAAAACCCGCCAGCAUGCAAGGGCCUUUUUCUUAUCGUCUGUUUCCUUCAUUCUUUUAAGAGAUGAAGUCCAACUUUAUAGCCCUUUUGACCAAUUAAAAGAAGACAAGCUUAUGAGCUUACCCCUGCCAGAAAUACCUAUACUGAUUCUAUAAUGACAGAGAUAUAGAGGAAUGGUAUAGCACACGAAAAAGGUAUGAUCACUCUGUUAUUUAACGCAUUGUAUGUCCUUAUAGGAUUAUCAGGCUGUAGGUAUUUUUUGUAUAGGGAUGCUGAUGGAGAUAAAUGUCAGUGAACGUUGUUCAGAGUACUUCAAAUUGAAGUGAUUUCUAUGUCUUACCCUUUAUUAAUCUAAAGAAAAUCAGGGUUUGUCUCAUGGUUUUUAUUUUCCCACAUUGAUACCAACACAUUCAUAUUCAUGUUGCUCUCACCGAUGCAGAGUGAGGAGGGCAGGGAUAUCUCUUUUCCUUCCCCUUCCUUAUUUCCUUCACCCCCUCUUCCUUUUCCUCUGAAUAAAACAACCCCCCCCCCCUCCUCAAAUCCA